AUGAAGGAUGCUCUAGUUACCUCAAUUGCUUCGUUUCACACGAAGAAGAUCAUCAUCUCUGAUCCAAUCAAGUUCGAUUACUAUGGCUCCAUUCCUGAGUCCAUGUAUCGUUGUGUCUCGGCCAAGAGUACUGUUAUGGCGGAUUACAUAAAACUUACUCUUACGGAACCGAGGGUUCUUACUUCAGAACAGAAGGUUGCCCUGGAAUCUGUUGAUAAGCCUAGCAACAGAAGGAAACGUGAUACCACAAAGAAGGACCCAACAGAGGAGGACAAUUCUAAGGCUUCUAAGUCCCGGAAGCGAAAGUCUAAUAAAGGGGAUUCUUCUAAGCCUAAGAAGAUUAAAAAGAUGGCAAGGAGGACCAAGAGUCUCACUCCUCCUACCUCAGAGACUGAUAAAGAGGAUGAAGAAGAAGUUGGUCAUCAUGAAUCAUCAAGAGGUAAUACUCCUCCCAAAUCCCCAACUCCAACCGAACCCAUUCAUGAUAACAUUCCAACUCCACCUCCCUCACCGAAACAGACAAUUCCAGUUUCAGUUCCUAUUGUUACUCCACCUACUACUUCACAACCCACAACUUCUUUAUCACCACCACCACCUGUUUCUUCUACUCCUGUUUCUACAUUACCUUUACCACCUCUUGUAAUUACCCAAACCACCACCACUACGAUUCCUGAACUGAUAGUAGGAGUCAACGUAUCUGAUACGGGGGCGACUAUUGAAACUGAACCUCCAGUUAUCACUAAACCUCUUUCACCCACAAACUCAACCAAUUCUGGUGCUACCCUUGGUGGUCAAAAUGAUGAGUUUGACUCCACAUACUUUAGUCCAUACAAACUUCCUACUGAUGAAGAUGAUGAUGCUCCUAUUACACGCCAACACCUACAAAGCAUUCAUGAGAAGUUGGAUACUUUGAUUAUUGACAGCAACGCCUAUAAUGGUGUUGCACUCAAGGGUUUUAUUGAUACAACUUUAGAACAAUACACAGACUCCAUUGACAUAUAUACAAAAGUCAUUGAUGCCUCUACCUCCUCUUGCAAGAAGGCUGUCGAUGAUGUUACUGCCAUUGUUGGUACUACUCAGAUUUUUCUUGAGUCAUUGAAGGGGCAUGCUGACACCAAUGCAGCCAAGAUACAAGACUCUGUAGAUUCUUUCUCUAAGUCUCUUCAAGAAGAGCAGUCAAAGUUUGAUGAUAUGCUUUCCUCUAUCCAAGCUGAGAAUUCUUCACUUAUCAGCUCAGUCACUUCUAAGCUUGAAUCUCUUCACGCUAAUCUGGCAACCAAAAGUGCUCUGACGAAAGAACUGGCACAAAAAUCCUCUACGAUUGAAGUACAGAAAGUGCAGCUAGCCCAAGAAGAAAAAGAAUUUCUUUAUUGA